AGAGCAAGGAAAUUCAAUAUUUUUUUAAAUAAUUCUCAGUAAUUGCUACAUAUGCACCAUAUAAAGCAUCCUAUCAGGAUGCAUCACAAUGUAUUUUGUCAACAGUGUCAAGGCCAGUUAUGCUGUUGCAAUAAGAAUUGAAUUGUUCUGUUUUCAGUAAAUAUAGGAUGAUUAAGCCUCUUGACCAUAUCCAAACAACUCUGAUAUCCACACCAUACAUGAGUACAAGAGGUAAUACAAAGAGAAAAUAAACAGAGUGCACAAUAUAGCGUGACAGCUACAGGGAAAGUGUGGGUUAAAGAUAUAACAAGCACCACAAGAUAGAUUGAAGAAUCGGAGUUCAUCCUUAGCAUAUGAGGGGACAUUCAAGAGUUUGAUAAAAAUUGGGAAGAAGUUGAAUCUGAUGGUGCGUGCUUUCGAGCUUUUGUAUUGACUGCUAGAUGGAAGACGGGGGAAGAGGGAAUGACCAGGAUGUGAGUUGGAUCUUGUUUGUGUUGGCUGUUUUCCCCAGCCAGUAAAAAGUUUAGGUUGAGUCACUGGGGCAAAGGGGGAUGAAGGCAAGUUUACUUGGCAUUUGGGCUAAGUUCAUCACUCUCUGAACCUUUUGUGGACCUGCGCAGAACUUGGUUUGGCAGAUUCUUGAUUAGUAAAGUUUUCAGAUGUUACGGGGAGAAGGCAAGAGAAUGGGGUUGAGGGGAAAGAUAAAACAGCCAUGAUUGAAAUGGGGAGCAGACUUGAUGGAGCAAAUGGCCGGAUUCUGCCAAUUUAACCUAUGAACUUAUGAAGUAGAGGCAUUGGUGUGCUUUCCUGUCGGUAGCUUCAAUGUGGUUGGCUCAGAACUAAUUGUUCGUGAUAUCUAUGCCUAGGAAUUGGAACCACUUGAUCAUCUCUAUUUCAGCACCAUUGAUGUAGACUGCAGAGGGUACUCCAUCACGCUUUCUGAAGUCAGUGACCAGAAACUUUAGUUUGCUGACACUGCAGCAGUAUUCUGGAAAUUCCAGGUAAUUCCAGGGUUUUGGCCAUGCACUGCAAAUAAAUCAUCAAAAAUGUAUAUAUUUGUAAAGUGGUUUUGUGCAAAUCAGAGUUGAUAGUUUCUUCUCUUCUGUGAAUUUACUAUUUCAUAUUUUGAGGCAUCAAACCUGAUUUCAUACUUUUACCACCAAAUCUAAACAUGAUGACGAUUCAAGGAGGAAGCUCUGCCCGUAAUCACAGCCCACCUUUCAUCUGGUUCCGGUGACCACGAUUAACAAGUUGAGCAAACAUGAGUCAGUGUUUGAAUGUGGUUGAGGUGCAGGGUAUAAAGACCGAAGGCAGCGAGGUGAAGGCAGAUCGAGAGAGAAAGAAGCAACUUUACUCUAAGAACCCAGCCGGCUGAUCCUACACGAGGCAGAAUGAAAUCCUUCCUCCUCGCCAUCGCUGCCGUGCAGAUCCUCCACUGCUCAGGAGUGCCAAGCACCAAGGAUGCUUUGAGAGCCUCAGUUGCAAAGCUGAAUGAAAUCACCGAGAUCACAAACUUGUGUGCGAUCACCAGGAGAGGUGAAACAACUACCUAUCGCACGGGUAAGCUGUCGUACAAUGUGGAUUUAACAUUCUCUGUGAAAGAAACAGUUUGCUCCAAGAAUUCUGGACAGGAAUUUGAUGAUCCCAGUUGCACCUUCCGCCCUAAGGACAUUGCUGAGAAAGGGUUUUGCAAAAGCCAUGUGGAAUAUUUUGCUGAUAAAGUGGCUGACGUUGAUGUGGAAUGUGAAGGUCUGAAGACCAUUGACAGCGAGAGUGACUCAACAGAGUCCAAUGAAACCAGUAUUGAGGCUCAAAGCAAAUCAAACGAGACAUCACUAGAGGAAACCUCAAGUGUGGAAAGCAAGUCAGAAGAAACUUCACUGGAUGAAUCUUCAAAUGACAAAUCCAAAUCAACAGAGACAUCACUCGAGGAUCCAGACGAUGUGCAAGACAAGUCAGAAGAGACAUCCAUCGAGGAGUCUUCCAAUAUGAAAAGCAAGUCAACAGAAUUAUCUCAGGAGGAGUCUUCAAACAAGGGAAUGAGGUCUCGAGGGAGUCGCUAACCAUGAAUGAAACUCCUGAGAACCUGUACUCGGUGUGAACACAAGAAGACCUCAUUCAGAAUAAACAAGACACUGUCACCUGUACUGUACAUGCCCAUAUACAAGGACAGGGGCCUGGAGCUCCUGACUGCACAUAUCACUGCAAAUGGGAAAUUCUACUGAUUGUAAAUAUUCAGUUUUAUUGCUGUUUAUUAUUAUUUAAUACAUUGUGGAUCUAAAUAAAAUUAUUAAUAAAUAUUCA